GAAGAAGGCGGAAACCGUUGGUUGACGUUUAGGUUGCUCGCGCUCACUCUCUGGCUGGGAGUUUUUUCGCGUUCAUGUUUUCAUUGUACUUGUAGUCGGGAGGACUAUCCUGGGGGGGAAAAGAUUGUGCGUGGAUUGUUUUAGGCUUCUGUAGAGGGAGAUUUGGAGAAAACUGCCUUUGGUGGUAGAGUUUUUACUUAGAUAGUGUUCUAAAGUUGUCACCAUGCCGGUUUUUCACACGAAGACGAUAGAAAGUAUCCUGGAGCCGGUGGCUCAGCAGAUAUCCCAUCUGGUGAUAAUGCACGAAGAAGGUGAAGUUGAUGGGAAAGGUAUCCCAGAUCUGACGGCGCCCGUAGCUGCUGUUCAGGCAGCCGUUAGUAACCUUGUUCGGGUGGGAAAGGAAACUGUACAAACCACAGAAGACCAGCUCAUGAAAAGGGACAUGCCACCAGCUUUUAUCAAAGUGGAGAAUGCGUGUGCUAAACUGGUACAGGCUGCAUCCAUGCUGAAAGCUGAUCCAUACUCUGUUCCUGCUCGGGAUUACCUGAUCGAUGGCUCUCGGGGCAUCCUGUCUGGGACCUCUGACCUGCUCCUCACCUUUGAUGAGGCUGAGGUUCGCAGAAUAAUCCGUGUGUGCAGAGGCAUCCUGGAGUAUUUGGCUGUGGCAGAGGUGGUGGAGUCUAUGGAGGACCUGAUCACAUAUACAAAGAACCUGGGACCAGGUAUGACGAAGAUGGCAAAGAUGAUAGAUGAGCGGCAGCAGGAGCUCACGCAUCAGGAGCAUCGCGUGAUGCUCGUCAACUCUAUGAACACUGUCAAAGAGCUGCUGCCCAUCCUCAUUUCAGGCAUCAAAAUUUAUGUGACAACCAAGACCUCUGAAAGCCACGGAGUGGAGGAGGCCUUGAAGAAUCGUAACUUCACUUUUGAGAAGAUGAGUGCCGAGAUAAACGAGAUCAUCCGAGUGCUGCAGCUGACUUCCUGGGACGAGGAUGCUUGGGCAAACAAGAAGGACACAGAGGCUAUGAAGAGGGCUCUUGGGCUAAUCGAUUCAAAGAUGGCUCAGGCUAAGAACUGGCUGAGGGAUCCAAAUGCUCAACCAGGAGACGCAGGUGAGCAGGCCAUCCGGCAGAUUCUUGAUGAGGCCGGAAAAGUUGGUGAACUUUGUGCAGGGAAGGAGCGCAGAGAUAUAGUUGGCACAGCGAAGACACUGAGUCAAAUGACAGACCAGGUGUCUGAGAUGAGAGCCAGAGGUCAUGGAGCAUCCCCGGUUGCCAUGCAAAAGGCACAGCAGGUUUCCCAAGGUCUCGAUGUGCUCACAGGCAAGGUGGAAAAUGCUGCACGGAAACUGGAGGCCAUGACCAACUCCAAGCAGGCCAUCGCCAAAAGGAUCGAUGCUGCGCAGAAUUGGCUUGCAGACCCUAACAGUGGAACAGAGGGAGAGGAGAAUGUCAAGGCGGUGCUCAUGGAGGCCAGAAAGAUUGCUGACAUGUGCGAAGACCCCAAAGAAAGAGAUGACAUCAUGCGCUCUGUUGGAGAGAUCGCUGCCAUGACUGCCAAGCUGUCUGAUCUUAGAAGACAGGGCAAAAGUGACACGCCUGAAGCCAGAGCUUUGGCUAAACAAAUUGCAACAGCUCUGCAGAACCUGCAGUCCAAAACCAACAAGGCUGUGGCCAACAGCAGGCCUGCAAAGGCAGCUGUUCACUUGGAAGGAAAAAUCGAGCAGGCACAGCGCUGGAUUGACAAUCCCACCGUGGAUGACAGCGGUGUGGGCCAGGCAGCCAUACGUGGCCUAGUUGCAGAGGGCCACAGGCUGGCCAAUGCCCUGCCGGGCCCAUACAGGCAGGAGCUGCUAGGCAAGUGUGAGCAGGUAGAGCAGCUCAUGGCCCAACUCGCUGACCUGGCUGCCCGCGGUGAAGGGGACUCCCCUCAAGCACGUGCUGUGGCUCAACAGCUCCAAGCAGCCCUGAAGGAUCUGAAAGGAAAGAUGCAAGAGGCGAUGACUCAGGAGGUGUCUGACAUCUUCAGUGACACAACUACCCCCAUCAAGUUACUGGCAGUGGCCGCUACCGCCCCGCUCAACGCCCCCAACAGAGAUGAGGUCUUUGACGAAAGAGCUGCCAACUUUGAGAAUCACGCCAAUAAGCUUGGCACCACAGCAGAGAAGGCUGCUGCUGUUGGCACUGCUAACAAGAGCACGGUGGAGGGAAUCCAGGCUGCCGUCAAGUCGACAAGAGACCUAACACCACAAGUGGUAUCUGCUGCUCGCAUUUUGCUGAGAAACCCCGGCAACCAAGCAGCAUAUGAACAUUUUGAAACCAUGAAGAACCAGUGGAUUGACAAUGUAGAAAAAAUGACAGGUUUGGUGGACGAGGCCAUCGACACCAAAUCUCUGCUCGAUGCCUCAGAGGACGCCAUAAAGAAGGACCUGGAUAAGUGCCGUGUGGCGAUGACCAAUCACCAGCCUCAGAUGCUGGUCGCAGGUGCUACCAGUAUCGCCCGCAGAGCUAACCGCAUCCUCCUGGUAGCUAAACGAGAGGUAGAAAAUUCUGAGGAUCCUAAAUUCAGGGAGGUGGUGAAGGCUGCAUCUGAUGAACUGAGCCAGACGAUCUCUCCUAUGGUGAUGAAUGCUAAGGCUGUGGCUGGAAAUAUCCAGGAUCCAAGUCUUCAGAAGGGCUUUUUGGACUCUGGUUAUAAGAUUCUCGGUGCUGUGGCAAAAGUCAGGGAGGCCUUCCAACCUCAAGAACCAGACUUCCCUCCACCUCCUCCUGAACUGGAUCAGCUUAAUCUUAACGAUGAGGCAGCACCUCCCAAACCUCCUCUCCCAGAGGGUGAGGUUCCUCCCCCAAGGCCUCCUCCCCCAGAGGAGAAAGAUGAGGAAUUCCCUGAGCAGAAGGCUGGUGACAUGGUUAAUGAGCCCAUGAUGGUGGCUGCGAGGCAGCUUCACGAUGAAGCCCGCAAAUGGUCCAGCAAAGGAAAUGAUAUCAUUGGCGCUGCCAAACGAAUGGCCCUUCUCAUGGCGGAGAUGUCACGUCUGGUGCGUGGAGGCAGCGGAAACAAGCGUGCACUCAUCCAGUGCGCCAAAGACAUCGCUAAGGCUUCUGAUGAGGUCACACGGCUGGCUAAGGAGGUGGCCAAGCAGUGCACUGACAAACGUAUCCGGACCAACCUGCUGCAGGUGUGCGAGCGCAUUCCCACUAUCAGCACUCAGCUCAAAAUCCUGUCGACAGUCAAGGCCACCAUGUUGGGUCGUACCAACAUCAGCGAAGAGGAGUCAGAGCAGGCUACUGAGAUGUUGGUCCACAAUGCUCAGAACCUGAUGCAGUCUGUGAAGGAGACUGUCAGAGAGGCUGAGGCAGCUUCCAUCAAGAUCCGGACAGAUGCAGGUUUCACCCUCCACUGGGUCAGAAAGACCCCCUGGUACCAGUAAAAGAAGAGAAGGGCCAUUGUUCAUGCCGGUCCAGGAGGACUUUGAAUGGACAGAUACAUACUUUACCAGAGUUAUGAUAUCAGUGCCCCACAUCCUAAUAUUGGAAGAGUUUCUAUUGGUCCCACGUCCUGUCUGUAACAGUUGCUGUUCUGAUAUAAUGUAAACGGUGCGACUUUUCAAUGCGAGUUAUGGCUUAUAAUCUUACUGGGAACAGCUUUUUUUUUUUUUUCUAAAGUGUGUAAAAAUGUGUUUUUAUUUUGAGAAAUCCCAGGAAUAUAUAUAUUUUGAUCAGAGGUUAGAUUUCCUAUAAUGUGAGGUUAAUUGUUUCUGGCCUCUUCUAGCAAACCACAGUAAAUUAAAUUGAAAUCUAACAUUAUCUCUAGACAUUUUUCUAUCUUUGUACUGAUAAUUUUAUUGUCGUUAUCAUCCAUUCGUUCUUUCUAGAAUAAGCACAUGAACCUGGGGAGUUGUUACAAGUACAUU